AAUUCGAAUUACAAAUGUAUACUGUUUAUAAAGAUGGCGAUCCAAGUGACGAGAGGUUAUCGUACAGAAAACUCAGUGAACCUACUAUAUUUGAAUUUACUAAAGAGAAAUUAAAGUUCUUUGAGAACAUUAAGCAUGAACAUAUAUUGAGAUGGUUUGUUGCCGUAUCAGAUAAAUCAACUAGCUCACCAGGAUUUAGAUUAUUAGCAAUAUCUUGCAUCAACAUAAAGGAUUUGGAAUCUUUUAUUGAUAAAACACAACCAAAAAAAGAGACUAUCGAUCAUGGAUUGACCUUUGUUUUCAUGAUUACAAAUAAUUCAAUUACACCUAUUGAUAAUAAAGAAUUACAAGUUGAAUAUGGUGGAAUAGUUAAAUUAUUUUCUGAAAAAGAUAGUAGAAGUAGUCAAAAUGCAGAAAAGGAUAAAGAUAAACAAGAAAUUGGCAGUAGUAGUCAAAAUGCAGAAAAGGAUAAAGAUAAUCAAGAAAUUAGCAGUAGUAGUCAAAAUGCAGAAACGGAUAAAGAUUAUCAAGAAAUUAACAUUAGUAGUCAAAAUGCAGAAACGGAUAAAGAUAAUCAAGAAAUUUGCAGUAAUAGUCAAAAUGACGAAAAGGAUAAUGAUGGAUAUUUCCUUAUUAUCCUAACACUUUCAGGG